AGAAAACAAAUAAUCUACCCGACCGAAACAAGAGCCAGCUGAAUUGCGAGCUCAGGGGUAUAUAAAAGUAAGGCAAGAAGAACAAUUCAAUAGGGUAGGAAAGAAAGAGUAGGAGGGGCGGAAGAGGGAUGCGACUGGAGAGGAUAGAAGGGAGUUGUUCGAAUAAUGGACUGACGAGGACUCUAGUAAGACCCAUAGUUAAGGAUCAAAAGGAUCCAAACGUCCGGGGAUUUACUGCCGCCGCCUGCCGCCCGGGCGGAUGAAACUCCGGCCCGAUCACUCAACGCCAUAAUCAAGAAGCUGCUGGGAAUAUCAGCAAACUAACUGAUUCCGUCUGAAGAGCUUCCUCGGUUUUACCUCCCUCAGUCCUCGUGACUCUUUCGAGUGUUUUGAGGAUUACUUUCUCUUAUUGUUUGAUUUGUCGAUUGUCUAGCUCCGGCGACGAGUGGCAGUCAUCAUGGUUCUCGCGUAUUCCGCCGGUGCUGCAACCGUGUCACUCCUGGUGAUCGGAGGCUAUAUGCUAUUCCAUGGGGAUGGUGAACAGUUUAAUGUCGGCCAUUUCCUUGAAUCGGUGUCUCCCUAUGCCUGGGCGACCAUUGGUAUUGCGAUGUGUAUUGGUUUGUCGGUAGUGGGCGCCGCAUGGGGUAUCUUCCUGACAGGCUCCUCGAUCGUCGGCGGAGGCGUCAAGGCGCCCCGAAUUCGAACAAAGAACUUGAUUUCGAUUAUCUUCUGCGAGGUCGUGGCUAUCUACGGUGUGAUCAUGGCGAUCGUCUUCUCGUCCAAGCUCAACCUGGUCGACAAUGAUGAGAUCCUGUCGGGAAGCAGCUACUAUACUGGAUAUGCUCUCUUCUGGGGCGGUAUCACUGUCGGCGCAUGUAACUUGAUCUGCGGUAUCUCUGUCGGUAUCAACGGAAGUGGUGCGGCCCUUGCUGAUGCCGCCGACCCCAGCCUGUUCGUCAAGAUCCUGGUCAUCGAGAUUUUCAGCUCCGUCCUCGGUCUAUUCGGCCUUAUCGUGGGACUUUUGAUUGGAGGAAAGGCGACCGACUUUGGAGCUUAAGCACCGGAGAGCACGUCUUCUCCGGAAGAAGACUUCGUGGUGCCAGAAGAAACCAUUUGUAUGACUUAUUAUCUGUUCUUUUUCUCCUCUUAUAUACCGCAUUGAGGCGUAUGGGUCCGAUUUGACUGUAGGGUCGUUUGGGUGCGUGGCUGGCUAUCCCGCUGGAUCUGCCGUGAUAGACCAGCCGGUGUGGAUGGCAUACAAUAGGGUAUCGGCAAUGGGAUUGCGUGUGACUGCCAGUGUUGCCUCUUCUUGUACAUCGCAUUGACCUCUGGGAUCGACGAGAACGAUCAGAUUACGUUCUUGCGUGAAUAUCCCCCCGUUGGGUCUGGUUACGCUUGCCUACUUCAACUAGCGAAUUCAGAUAUGGAAUGAAAUGAUU